AUGCCAACUCCUGCGGCUGUCGAUCCGAUGGCUAGCAAGGCGGAUGACUUGCCAGCCAAAAUAGAAUCCCCUUCCUUAGAACCCGAUAUUAACAGCCUCACGAUCAACCCAUUGCCUUCUAUUCCCUCAAGAAUCUUGACUCCAUCCCCAGAGCCUGAGACUACUGAUGUAGGAGUCGAUGAGAAGGAGCGUGUCUCACCAACACUCGACGCCACCCUACCCGACCAUGAGGCCCCCGUUGGAGAUAAUGGUGCCGAGAGAUCUGAAGACGGACCCCAUUCAAGAAAGAGAAGCCCCCCGCCCAAUCGAUCCAAGUUUGACAAGCUUCUGAUCACCGAAGCCAGUUGGAACCACGCUGUUGCGAGCUGGAAGAGGUGGAGGAGGGGAAUUCCAAAAGAAUAUUGGGGGUUGGAGCAAUUGGGUAACAAGAUCUUCCAAGAGAUCCAAGACAAGGUGCUUUCUUAUGUUCAUCUAGCGCCCGGCGACCCCGAGUUUGACAGCAUCGAAAUCUUCUUCCGUGAGUACGUCGACCACUAUGAUCUCUUCGAGAUGGGUCCGGAUGAAAUCCAGCGGUGCGAAAACUUUGUUGGAGCUUGUCUUCUCCGCUUCUUGUCCGAGCAUGGUGGAACGGAGGGCACCAUGGAUCACUACAUCAUCAUGUAUCUCGCCCACAUAUAUUGCUGUGUUUGGGUAGAGGAUGAUGGGCAGAAAGUGAACUCUACCAUCAACGAAUCUACUCAGGAGGAAGUCGAGCCUGUUGGAAAAGAUCAUACCGCGAAGGAGAUCAAAUCGGCUGGCGCCGGAACCAAGUAUCGUGACCAGGUGGAGAUGAAGCACACAGACGUCUCAUCUGAUGGCAAGGAGAUCAACCUUCAUGGAGAUAACCCCGGCGGAGGGGAGGUCACUUCUGUCAGAGAAGAGGCCAAACCAGACAAGGUCCAGACCAAGUCUACCAGAAAGACAGACGGAAUCGAUCUCACGAACCUCGUUUUUCUCACUCAACGAGUCCGAUCCCAAUUUACAUUAACCUCCAGGGAAUGCAUCCGUAUUUCGAUCAACUCCACUGAUUCUGAUCACGAUAUUUACCGGAAAGGCUUCGCCCUCGGCCGCGAAACCAGGAUAGAGAUCUUUCGGCACUUCAGUGGACUAAAGAAGCUGUGGGAUGCGACAGCGGACGCCAAGCAGAAAAGAAUGGGUAACAUGAAGGAGGAGGAUAUGCGAGCGGAAGAGGUCGUGGCGGUCCAUGAGAGCGUUGAGGAAGCCAGAAAGCAAGGUAUAAAGUUCUUCGAAGGCUGCCUGACGCGGGAGAAGGCGCACAAGUUUUUGGACUGCUUCAUUAUGGGCUUUGACGUUGUUGGCAUGACUUCAGAUUUCUGCGUCAAUUAUAUGAUCUCUGAUGUGAUGGUGCAGCAUGGCAACACUAUACCACAGCGCUACCAUGAAGCUGCGCUCAAAGCGGCCCUCAAGAUCGUCGGUUGUGUUGGCAAAUACGUUGAAACAGUUCAGUUUCGACUUCGAAGCGACAGCACCUGCCUUCCCUUCUUCGUCGAGGGGCACGAUGCACCGCUGAAUACAGCCGCCAUCUUAACGAUCAUUGAUGCCUUGGGCGAAAUCAGUGGGACCUGGCAGACUACGGGUUUUCUCUGCUUCCAAUAUCUGUACAAAAUCCUCACCUCCCAAUAUUUGAGCCACGCCUCCAUCGUCUACGCUGCCAAGCUGGUGCUGAGCUACAUCAACGUGAUGCGCUUCCCCGGAACCAAGAACGUCAUGUAUCGGCAUUCGCUUUCUGCCAUACUCGACCUAUCGAACUGGGAACAUGCGUGGAUGAUGGAUCAUAACCUCGAGGAACAAGACAGCGACGAGGAAUUCGAUUGUGGAAGAGAGACCGAGGAGGAAAUGGACGCUGAGGAAGCCCGAUAUGUCAAGCUCAUCAUGGGCUGGUUUGCUAAGCAUGGCAAGCCGGUUGAUGAGAGAACCAUUCUCGCUGUCCUUCCGAACUGCGAGUUCAAGAUCCUUGAUACGAUUAAGAAGAUUGAAUUUUUCAAGGGCUGGAACUGA